AUGCUUAGGAGCCGAAGCGCUGCUGCGGCAGAUUGGACUAUGUGUACUCGGUGCGAAUCCUUUAGACCUCCGCGGGCCCAUCACUGUCGUGUAUGUCGUCGAUGUAUACGAAAAAUGGACCACCAUUGUAUGUUUGUUCAGUGUCCCUGGGUGAACAACUGUGUUGGCGAAUUUAAUCAAAAGUUUUUCCUUCAGUUCCUCUUCUACGUUGGCUUGUCAAGCACCUACUCUAUCAUGGUUAUGGUUCUUUCGUGGGUGUACGACGACGAAUUUGCUUCUACGGGCCUCAAAGGACCUUUUGGAGAGAAUGCACAUCAUGCCAAAGUGCUCCACUCUAUAUUCCUUUCUAUGGAGAGCGCCCUGUUUGGAAUGUUUGUGUUUGCUGUCUCCUGCGAUCAGCUGAGUGCAAUCUUCUCCGAUGAAACGGCGGUUGAAGCAGUACAAAGGCGAACGAGACUGGCAUAUAAGAAGAGUCGUCGUCGAGGAAGAGUAGCUUUACUCAGAGAAGUCUGCGGAGGAGGUAUGUUCAUGGUUAUAUCUGCUAAUGGAACCAGUUUUAGCUAA